UGAUUCCCAUUGGCAACACAGUAAAGGGGGCAUGCCGGGAAUUGUAGUCCCCUCAGGAAAGUAGCGUCUUGAUCAGUGUGGCGUGGUUCUGUACCUUGGGAGGAGAUGAAUGGGAAGCGGCCAGCGGACCCUGGCCCAGCCCGGGUGGGAAAAAAGGGAAAGAAGGAGGUGAUGGCGGAGUUUUCGGACGCUGUUACGGAAGAAACCUUGAAAAAGCAGGUGGCUGAGGCCUGGAGCCGCAGAACGCCGUUCAGUCACGAAGUCAUUGUCAUGGACAUGGACCCUUUUCUUCACUGCGUGAUCCCAAACUUCAUCCAAAGCCAAGACUUCUUGGAAGGGCUUCAGAAGGAACUGAUGAACUUGGACUUCCAUGAGAAGUAUAACGAUUUAUAUAAGUUCCAGCAGUCUGAUGAUUUGAAGAAGAGAAGAGAGCCUCACAUCUCUGCUUUAAGGAAAAUUCUGUUUGAAGAUUUCCGGUCCUGGCUUUCUGAUAUUUCUAAAAUUGACCUGGAAUCAACCAUUGACAUGUCCUGUGCUAAAUAUGAAUUCACCGAUGCCCUGCUGUGCCAUGAUGAUGAGCUGGAAGGGCGCCGGAUCGCCUUCAUCCUAUACCUGGUUCCUCCCUGGGACAGGAGCCUGGGUGGUACCCUGGACCUGUACAGCAUUGAUGAACACUUUCAGCCGAAGCAGAUUGUGAAGUCUCUUAUCCCUUCGUGGAACAAACUGGUUUUCUUUGAAGUAUCUCCUGUGUCCUUUCACCAGGUGUCUGAAGUCCUGUCUGAAGAAAAGUCACGUUUGUCUAUAAGUGGCUGGUUUCAUGGUCCAUCGUUGACUAGGCCUCCCAACUACUUUGAACCCCCCAUACCUCGGAGCCCUCAUAUCCCACAAGAUCAUGAGAUUUUGUAUGAUUGGAUCAACCCUACUUAUCUGGACAUGGAUUACCAAGUUCAAAUUCAAGAAGAGUUUGAAGAAAGUUCUGAAAUUCUCCUGAAGGAGUUUCUUAAGCCUGAGAAAUUCGCAAAAGUCUGUGAGGCCUUGGAGCAUGGAGAUGUGGAAUGGAGUAGCCGAGGUCCCCCUAACAAAAGGUUUUAUGAGAAAGCUGAGGAGAGUAAGCUUCCUGAGAUAUUGAAGGAGUGCAUGAAGUUAUUUCGCUCUGAGGCACUAUUCUUGCUGCUCUCCAACUUCACAGGCCUGAAGCUUCAUUUCUUGGCCCCUUCGGAAGAAGAAGAGAUGAAUGACAAAAAAGAGGAAGAAGCCGCUGAUAGCACUGAAGAAGGGACUAGCCAUAGUCCUCCUGAGCCAGAGAAUAAUCAGACAGCCGUCAGCAACAACAGCCAACAGAACAAUGACCAGACAGACCCAGAGCCAGAGGAAAAUGAAACAAAGAAAGAAUCAAGUGUCCCCACAUGCCAAGGGGAACUGAGGCGUUGGAAGACCGGUCACUACACUUUAAUUCAUGACCAUAGCAAGGCUGAAUUUGCCCUAGACUUAAUUCUCUACUGUGGCUGUGAAGGCUGGGAGCCAGAAUAUGGUGGUUUUACUUCUUACAUUGCCAAAGGUGAAGAUGAAGAGCUGCUAACAGUGAAUCCAGAAAACAAUUCUUUGGCAUUGGUCUACAGAGAUAGAGAGACUCUGAAAUUUGUCAAGCAUAUUAACCACCGAAGCCUGGAACAAAAGAAAACCUUCCCAAACAGAACAGGUUUCUGGGACUUUUCAUUCAUAUAUUAUGAAUGACAGCACUGGACAAAGCUGAACAAAAACGUGACCCUUCGUCAGUACUGGGAAGUCUGGAAGAGCUAAGCAUGGAGUCAAGGAGAGCUACAUGGUAGCUUGCCUGACAGUGUUCUUAAAACUGGUUGUCUUUUACUAGGACUCAUAAUGAUUGUCCUCAACCAAGACCUUGAGCUUGGAGCUACAUACUUAUCUCUUGACUAAAAAAAAAAAAGUUGGCUUUUUUAAAACAUUGAGUCCUUCUUUUUCCAUAUUGGCUUCUUCAGUGAAUUUUUAACUUCAAUCUUUUUUUUAUUGAGGUAAAAUAUUUAUAACAUAAAAUUGACCAGCUUACCCAUUUUUAAAUAUGCAAUUCAGUGGAUUAAGUACAUUCCCCUUGUCCAGCCAUCACCAUCAUCCAUCACCAGAACUUUUCCAUCUUCCCAAAUUCUGUGCCCAUUGAACAAUAACUCCCCACCCCUCUUCCCCUAGCAACAGCCAUACUUUUUGUCUCUGUCAUCAACUUCACUACUCAUAUUUCUCAUAUAAGUGGAAUCAUUCAGUAUUUGUCCUUUUGUAACUGGUUUCACUUAGCAUAAAGUCUUUAUGAU